CCACCCACCCCAAGUGAGCUCGUUUGGACAUCCAAGCCCCUCACAAGACGAGGUGGGCGUACGAUUUUGGCCUGGAGUAUUGUGAUGUUCUGACAUAGCGGCGUGCUGGCUGCUCUCAUUUGUUUCAUACAUCUUGUACUGAUUUGUCAUCGAUGCAGAUGUUAUGUGGAUCCCGAGCACUAAAUCUCAGGCGCUGGACCAACGGGGUAUUUCGGGGAGAGGCAGCGAUUGCGGUUUCAGCUGGCGUGAAACUGCAACCACAUAUUGUCUCGCCUUUGGUGUAAUAACAACGUCGGCGGGAGAGAGGAGUGGAUCAUGGACUGGAUGAGCACGCUAAUCUCGGAGCUCUGAAAAGGAAGUGACAUGCAAUGGGGAGAGGCGUCAGCUGAGAAUACAUUCCCUUGCCAGCCCAGCCCCGGGGUGGAGUCCCACCCUUACAACACCCAGUUUCGUGCUUAGUGAAACUGGUACCGACAUCUCUCCGCACUCUUGGAUAACACGUGUAGAGGGUCACUUGUUAAAAAGGUGUUCUUUAAGACGUCUGGACAUUUUGUGUUUAUGUCGGAAACCUCAUAAGCUAUGGAUAUCAUAGCCUUCUUGAAAUCUCAGUUCAUCUGCCUCCUUCUUAUAUGUUACAUCUUUGUAAUGACUGGACUCAUCAUCAACUUUCUUCAGUUAUGCACUCUACCUCUAUGGCUGAUCAACAAACAACUGUACAGGCGAAUCAACUGCAGAUUGGCUUACUGUAUUGCUAGCCAAUUGGUGUGGCUGCUGGAGUGGUGGUCAGGCACUGAAUGUGUUCUUUAUACUGAUCGCAAAAAUUACAUGAAGUAUGGCACAGAGAAUGCCAUUGUAAUUCUCAACCAUAACUAUGAGAUUGAUUUCCUUUGUGGAUGGGACUUCUGUGAAAGGUUUGGUGUUUUGGGGAGUUCAAAAGUACUUGCAAAGAAAGAGCUGGCAUAUGUUCCUCUGAUUGGUUGGAUGUGGUAUUUUCUGGAGAUAGUGUUUUGCAAGAGGCAAUGGGAGGAAGAUCGCAAAAACGUUGUCCAAAGUUUGCUAAACCUCCGGGAUUACCCAGAAAUCUUUUGGUUUCUGAUUCACUGUGAAGGAACACGCUUUACGGAGAAGAAACAUCAGAUUAGCAUGCAGGUGGCAGAAUCCAAAGGUUUGCCCAAGCUAAAGUACCAUCUCCUCCCUCGAACAAGAGGCUUUGCGCUCACUGUUCAAUGCCUGAGAGGUGUAGUCCCAGUUGUGUAUGAUGCUACACUCAAUUUCAGAAAUGGUGAAAAUCCAACCUUACUGGGAACUUUACAUGGAAAAAAGUACCAUGCAGAUCUACAUGUUCGGCGGAUCCCAAUGGAAGAGAUACCUGAAGAUGAAAUGGAAUGUGCUAACUGGCUCCAUAAACUCUACCAAGAAAAGGAUCAUCUGCAGGAUGAAUAUUUCAAAAAAGGCACUUUCCCAGGCACUCCAAUCAAACCACCAACACGACCGUGGGUCCUUGUUAAUUGGCUGUUUUGGUCUGCAUUGCUGCUGUUCCCUUUAUUUAAGCUGGUUGCGAACUUGAUCAUCAGUGGAUCUUCCCUGACCCUAAUUACUUUUUCCCUAAUCAUCAUUGUGGCCUCUGUUGGUAUGCGAUGGAUGAUCGGAAUGACAGAAAUACAAAAGGGCUCCAGCUAUGGUAACAAUGAAAUGAAGCAAAAUAAUUAAUUUCCAUGGAGACUGGUAGUACUUCAAAAUGGAGCUAAAAUAUAUUUUUUGAAGAGAACUUGCAGCAGAUGCUCGGGUUGGAGGACGAUGCAUCUAAAUUACUGUGCUUCUUUUGUGAGCAGAUCACUGUAUGGAACGGUAUCUUAAUCUGCGUAAAAAGGAUAAGAUGAAUUUUAUAUCCUUUAUGAUGUAUGUGAUGCAUGAAACCAUCGACACAGUAAUGAGACAUGGUGAAAUUGGAUGUUGUUGGAGAAUGCCACACUAAUAGUGCUACUAAAAGAUCUGACGUAUUGAGGCUUUUGAUAUUAUGACAUUUCAAUCUAAAUGGAAAUUACCUUUUUUCAAAAAAGUGGUGUAACUGAAGAAUUCAGUCUUUUUCUAAUAACAUAAAAAUGUGCUUCUAACUUAUUUAAAUGCAUUUGUAUUUUACUGAAUUUGAGCCAUCGUUUAGUGUUACAGAAUGCAUCUUUUAUCACCAUAGUUGCUAAAAUAUUUGAGAUACUGAUCCAUCCUUGCCAGAAAAGAAAUAGAUUCUGACUGGCUUAAUGCUGCUGCAGGUUGUUGUCACAAAAUGAGUGAACAUUAAUUGGCUUAGAACCUUUGAAUUGUGCAACAUUUAGAUGUGGACGGAGAUGGUUUUCCCCACUUGGUCUGUGUGGGUCAAGGAAGAGCUACCGAGAAUAAGCCCACCUCCAGCAGUGUGUCCAGAGCUGUACAGACUUGUCCAUGCCGACCAUGUAACGGAAUAAUUUACACUAGAUGCGAGUGACU